GGUCUUGACUCUCGAGUGACCCACGCCCACGAUUGAAAGGGUUUAUGCUUAAACCCUAAACCCUAUCCCUUCCCUCCACUCAAAAACUGAAACCCAAAAAGGGCAAUCAUUUUCCGCCUUCAAUCCCACGAUUGAAAGCCCAAUAAUGCUUCUCUAUCGCUCAGCUUCCCUGCUCCCUCCCUACGAACUCUUAUCCCCGCCUAAACUCCUCUCCCAAUUCAGGCACGCACACUCAUUUCUCUUCAAUCCCUCGCGCUCUUCCUCUUCUUUGCACUUUUGGCUGAACCCGCCGCGCCGUAGACCAGCUAGGGCUUUUGCGACCGCCGCCGUUGCGGAAAGGAAGGGAACCGAUACUUUCUAUGCCGACGAAGACGUUUCGUGGAUUUCGCUCGGCGUUUCCGAUAGGCUUUCUCGGGCUCUCUACAACGCCGGCAUCGAUAGGCCUUCUCUGACUCAGGCCGCUUGUGUACCGGCUAUACUUUCGAGAAAGGAUGUGGUAGUGGCUGCGGAGACGGGUAGCGGUAAAACACAUGGAUAUUUGGUUCCCCUAAUUGAAAGGCUGUGUGCUGUAUCUGAUGAUUCUGCGGAAACCGUUUCUGAUCAAGAAUCGACACCUUUGCGAAGGCUUUGUCUUGUUCUGUGCCCAAAUGUGCUGCUUUGCGAGCAAGUGGUUCGGAUGGCCAAUGGUCUUUGUGGUGAUGAUGGUGAACCACUUCUCAGAGUUGCAUCUGUCUGCGGUAGACAGGGAUGGCCAGUUAACAAGCCUGAUAUUGUUGUGUCCACCCCAGCUGCCCUUCUGAAUAAUAUUGACCCGAACAAACCCCGUCGUUUGGAGUUUCUACGUGGCGUGAAAUAUGUGGUGUUUGAUGAGGCAGAUAUGCUUCUCUGUGGGGGCUUCCAGAAUAAAGUUAUUCGUCUAAUAAACAUGCUCCGCUUUGAUGAAAAGCUAUUAUCUCGGUCAAAAGAAUCUGUAUCUGAGUUGCCAAUGGAAUUGGAAUCUGAGCAUUCAUCAAACUUUACUUUAGACAACAAAGAAGACGUACAAACUGAAAUCAUAUCAGAAGGGGAGGAAGAUUCUGGGGAUGUUGAUGACUUAGCAGAGGAUGUUGAUGACUUAGCAGAGGAUGUUGAAGCUGUGUCAAAUGAAAGAAAAGACUGGAGGAGAGUGAGAAAAAAUUAUGAGCGCAGUAAACAGUAUAUUUUUGUUGCAGCCACCCUUCCAGUAAAUGGAAAGAAAACUGCUGGGGCAGUGUUGAAAAAGAUGUUUCCAAAUGCCAAUUGGGUUAGUGGAAAUUACCUCCAUUGUCACAAUCCCAGAUUGAAGCAGAGGUGGGUUGAAGUUACACUUGAGACUCAGGUGGAUGAACUCAUAAAGGCUGUGAAUCAAGGUUUUAAAGCUGGUGAUUGCCGAACCAUGGUGUUUGCAAACACUGUUGAGGCCGUUGAAGCAGUUGCAAAUGUAUUGCUGAAAGCUGGGAUUGACUGUUACCGUUAUCAUAAGAAUUUUUCCUUGGAGGAGCGUACACAGACGUUAGCUGAUUUCCAAGAGAAAGGUGGUAUUAUUGUGUGCACUGAUGCUGCUGCACGUGGUGUUGACAUACCAAAUGUCUCGCAUGUUAUUCAGGCAGACUUUGCUACUUCUGCUGUGGAUUUUUUGCAUAGGGUUGGUCGCACUGCUAGAGCUGGUCAAUUUGGACUUGUCACUAGCCUGUACACUGAAUCCAAUCGGGAUCUUGUUGCUGCAGUUUGUCAAGCUGGGGAUAUUGGUCAGCCUGUGGAGAGUGCAUUUAGCAGGAAAAGAAGCUUCCGCAACAAGCUUAAGAAAAGAGCAGCUUUGGACAAAGUCAGAGACUUGUCAACCGCUUAGAGAGCGUCUUUUGGCAUAAAAUGGCUAGAUUGUGAGGAACUUGGUAUGUAAAGAAGCAUAACUUGUCUUCAUUUAUACAACAGAAUCCUAGCGAUGUAAAUGGAUUGGAUUGAUCUUUUUCAAUUAUAUAUGAUCCAGUUGAUUUAUACAUGCCACAAA